UUUUCUUUUUUUCCCCCUUUUCUUUUCUUUUUCUCCCCAAAUUGUCACGCUACCUAUUCAGAGAAGCCACCUGUUGGGUAGUUUGGCCACUCAGUGUUGGUGCGGGGGGUUGUAUGACACAGGAAAGUGACAUUAAUGCAUAGGCUACCCUCUAUUUACUCACUGAACACAGUGCCAUUAAAUGAUUGCAAUAAAUGGGAUCUGCCCUUCAGAUUUCAGACCCUAAAUGGAAAAGUUUUAAAUUGUCAUAUCAGUGAACAGACUUAGUUUAGCAGUGACAGGGAAGUCUGUCCAAUAUCUGACAGCAGGAGUUAAAGGUUUUAACUUUAUAUUUCUAUGAUAAUCUCAGUCCCCUGAAGGGAGAAUUUGUGUCAAUUUGUAUUCAUAAGACAGUGUCUUCAAGUGAUUCAAAAAAAUUCAAUCAAGUGGUGUUCAUAUGCUAUCGCAUAUAGCUUAACUGCAUUUAUUUGCCAUUUUUCCAGGGUGGAAUGACUGUGGAUACAGGUGGUCAUGUCCAUAGAAAACAGCGUUUGUCUUAUUUCCGAGCUGCAUUUGAAGGCAACACAAGUCGUCAGCCGGUCAUGGUGAUUUAGUUUAGCUUUGCUCUGGCCAUUUUUCUAUUUUACUGUGUAGUCCUAAUCUACUGGCUGUGGUUACACAAAGGCAACUCAACAGAUUUUAAGAGACGUUACGGUCCGUUAAAAAAAAUCUAAAUCAUCCGUUGGUUGAACCCCCACCUCCUCAGCCCCGCUCUGUCGGAAGCGCAGUGGUUCGCUCCCCCUAGCGGCAGAGCUCGCAGCCGUGGAGCGUCACAGCGCCGGUGUCCGUCCCCCCUGUCAGAGUGAAAGUUGUCUCCGCUCGGAAAAGCGGGGGUUCGGGACUCGCUAGUUUCCACCGCCGCUGCUUCACACGCUUUCUCCCGGAGAGAUGAGGCGGAAAGAGAAGAGGCUGCUGCAGUUCGCCGGGCUGCUCAUAGCGGCUCUUCUUUUCCUUCCCAACGUCGGGCUGUGGUCUUUGUACCGGGACCGAGUGUUCGACAACUCGCCGGACACAGUGGACGGUCCGGGCGGCAUCCCCCAGAUACAGGGGGUGAAUCGGGUGGGGAAGGACGCUCAGGUGGGACGCGACGGUGUGCGGAGGAAAGACUGGCAUGACUAUGAAACAAUCAAAAGAGAUUCCUCUCGAUCUGGUAACGGUGAACAGGGGAAGCCGUUCCCCAUGACCGACGCUGACAGGGUCGACCAGGCCUACAGGGAGAACGGGUUCAACAUUUAUGUCAGUGACCGGAUCUCCCUCAACCGCUCCCUCCCUGACAUCCGCCAUCCAAACUGUAAACAGAAGCUGUAUGCAGAGAAGCUGCCCAACACCAGCAUCAUCAUCCCGUUCCAUAAUGAGGGCUGGUCGUCGCUGCUGAGGACUGUUCACAGCGUGCUUAACCGCUCUCCUCCACAGCUCAUAGCAGAGGUCAUCCUGGUCGACGACUUCAGCGACAAAGAGCACCUCAAAGUGGCACUAGAGGAGUACAUGGUACGGUUGCCGAAGGUUCGCAUCCUGCGUACGAAGAAACGGGAGGGGCUGAUCAGGACUCGCCUGCUUGGAGCCGCCGCCGCUAAAGGAGAAGUCAUCACCUUCCUGGAUUCCCACUGUGAAUCCAAUGUCAAUUGGCUGCCUCCGCUGCUGGACCGAAUUGCGCAGAACAGGAAGACCAUUGUGUGUCCGAUGAUCGACGUGAUCGACCACGACAACUUUGGCUAUGAGACGCAGGCUGGGGACGCCAUGCGAGGGGCAUUUGACUGGGAAAUGUACUACAAACGGAUACCCAUCCCUACAGAGCUGCAGAAGGACGACCCCAGUGAACCGUUUGAGUCACCGGUGAUGGCAGGUGGACUGUUCGCUGUGGACAGGAAGUGGUUCUGGGAGCUGGGAGGAUAUGACACGGGUCUGGAGAUCUGGGGAGGAGAACAGUACGAGAUCUCCUUCAAGGUGUGGAUGUGUGGUGGUCGGAUGGAGGACAUCCCUUGCUCCAGGGUAGGACACAUCUACAGGAAGUACGUCCCCUACAAAGUUCCUGGUGGGGUCAGCCUGGCCAGGAACCUAAAACGCGUGGCGGAGGUGUGGAUGGACGAAUACGCCGAAUACGUCUACCAGCGUCGGCCCGAGUACCGCCACCUGUCCGCAGGAGACAUGACGGCCCAGAAGGAGCUGAGGAACCGACUCAACUGCAAGAGCUUCAAGUGGUUCAUGAGCGAGGUGGCCUGGGAUCUGCCCAAACACUACCCACCGGUGGAGCCUCCUGCUGCUGCCUGGGGAGAGAUUCAUAACAUGGGAAGCGGUAUGUGUAUGGAGAGUAAACACUUUGUGUCAGGGAGUCCCAUCCGUCUGGAGACCUGUGUGAAGGGGCGGGGCGAGGUGAGCUGGAGCCAUGGACAGGUGUUCACAUUCGGCUGGAGAGAGGAUGUCCGGGUGGGCGAUCCCAUGCACACUAAAAAAGUCUGUUUCGACGCCAUCUCUCACAACAGCCCCGUCACCCUGUACGACUGUCACGGCAUGAAGGGGAACCAACUGUGGCGCUACAGAAAGGAUAAGAGUUUGUAUCACCCCGUCAGUAACAGCUGUAUCGACAGCAGCCCGAGCGAGCGGAGAGUCUUCAUGAACACGUGUGACCCCUCCUCCCCCAGCCAGCAGUGGCUGUUUGAGAGAACCAACGCCACCGUGCUGGAGCACUUCAACCGGGGCACCAACUAAGGCCCUGUAGCAUCCACAAAAACCAGACUCCUGACGCACGCAGACGUGGAUCUGCUGCCGCUGCUGUGAAAUGGGGUUUUACAUUUACUCUGCUCCCCGUUUACCUGGCGCUGAGGUGACAGCUGUUUCUCUUUGGGGAGCUCAGAGUGAGGCAGGAUGGGACACCGCGGGGGAAGUUGGUUAAACACAUCAGUUAGAGUAAAGAAUGAUUUGAGCUCUGAUUGAUGGGUUUGUGUUUAAAGUGACUUUGUGUGCGAGAUGUAUUUGUUCCGUCACAUUGGUGAUGGUGGGUCUGUCUCAAUUCCUGAUCUUGCUGUCGACUUGUUAUCUGACAUUCCUCUCCUCUCUUUUCUCAUUCCUUUUGUCUAUUUAAAAUUUCCUCUGCCUUUAUCUAUUGCCUGUCCUUCCCUUACUGAUUCCUCUAUAUCCCCUCUCUGUCUAUCUACCUUUAUCCUCUGGCUCCAUCUCUUUCCCCCUCCUGUCUCUCCUCUGCCUGCAUGUCUGUCUCUAUCUGCCUGCAUGACUGCAUUCUUGCCCACCUUCUCCAUUCUCCCUCUCAAAUCCCCUUAUGUCUCUCCAGCUCUGACAACCUCCCUGGGGGGGCUCCUGCUGAGCCAAAGUCAUCCUGACACCUGGGUGAAGUCAGGCAGAACCACUCUGAAAAUCACCUGGUGAAUUGAUUCUCCUUUACAACCCUCAUCCACCCUCUGUUCCCUUCCUCAUCCUUCCCUCGUGCCCCCCACCCCCGGCUUGUAGUUUCUUUUCAUCUGCUCUCUCUCCUCCUCUCUGUGGCUAAUGUGGACAAAGCUGCUUUGAAUGUAGCAGGUGGAAGUUGACAAAGAAAGUGUCUGGGAAAGAAAUGGCAACCUCUCUCAUGCCCCUCGCUCCUAUUUCCUCUUCUGUACUUUCCUCGCUGUAUUUAUCGAUGAGUUGUUCGGGCCAACUCUUGCUGGCUAAGGGCUUGUUUGUUGUUAUGGUGGUGAUGGUGGGGGCGGGAGAUGCUAUCACACAUCUUAGAGUCUACCCUUGCUGCUCGCUGGAUCGACCUUGUUACAGGCGGCUGAGCGCGGGGUCACGUCACGGCGCAAAGUAGCAGACAGGACCUCAAACUGACGCCUGCCUGGCUGGAUGACCAGCUAUGUAACUGGCAGGCCAGCUGAUUCACAGCAGGGCCGCCUGAUUGGCCGGCUGCCGAGCUGACACAUCACUUUAGCAUACAGUGUGAGCAGGAGGAGAGACAAAUGGGGGAAUUACUCUGGAUAGGCUUGCCAAGGUAGCUCUGGGAUUGAGACAAAUGUGGGGGUUUAAAAUGCAUAAAGCACUUGUGUAAUGAUAAACUUGAAUGAAAUCUUAGUGCCUUGUUAAAAGAGGACUAGAUGUAGGUGUGUGUAUUUCCAGAAUGUGUGUGUGUGUGUGUGUGUGUGUGUGUGUGUGUGUGUGUGUGGGGUCCAAAAUGUCCAUGGCAGCGUAGGGGAUGAUUCACUUGAAAACUGAGAAUCUUUUCAUCAAAAGAGUUCUCCUGAAUCUUGUUUGGAAUUGAACAUGAAUUGACCUCGACUCUGGUGCAGGACAUCGAAGGCACCACUGGCUCCGUGACUCUUGUACGGCUUUCUAAAUGAACACACAUGUAACCGCUGGCUGUGAAUAGAGCUAAAGAGACUUUUUUUUUUUUCCCACCGUAUUUUCCUCCUGCCUUGAAAAGUUAACUAUAGCCCUAAGAAGACCUCUGUUCUAUUUUAAUCAUGACAUGAUGCUGUUAUAUUGUUGUCCCCACCUGUUCAAUCCAAAGUACUUUUAUGGGAAAGGGAAUUGUUGUUGUUUACCACCCUUUUGAAUCCCUUUUGUUUUUAAUGAAAUGUUCUUUCACCUUUUGUUUUGAUCCUGUGGUUCAGCUGAUGAUUUUGUUUGAAUUCCUGCUCGACGCGAUGUUCUGGGAUGUUCUGGUCUGACACCUGCAUCUUUCUCUAAGCCGAUUAUGGGAAGCAGAACAAUGUACAGCGUGUGCCAUUUUAAUCAUCACUUCCAGGUAUUGUGCUCUGCUAGAUUUUAACAGUCAGUUGUAGACCAAAACAAAAAGUCAUAUCCUCAACAUGUUAGUCAAGGUAAUUUUAAGUCACAAAUUAGGCUAGCUUGGACACAUUAGUUUGGGUAGAUUCGAUUGAAACAUUUCCAGAUGAUGGUAAUGAUAAUAAUAAUAAUUAGUACUGUACACAAACAGGUUAAUGCAAGAAAGAUAAGCCAUCUGCCAAAUAAAUCUGGAUCGCAGUUGCAGAUUUUAUGAUUAUCAACUCAAGCAUCCAUCUAAUCAAUAGUUUUUCAGUCAAGCCACUUUAAUGAUACAUUUUGCAUUGUAAACAUAAAUCCUUCAGAAACAUAAGGAGUCCUUACCUGGAAAAUAGAGCAGUAGCUGUGCCGAUGUUUAUAUUUGUAUUAUUUCCACCGACAAGUACAAGUUCUCCAAAUAGACACUUAAACUUCAAAAAUCCAUACAGCUGAGCUCCAGGAGAUAAGUGAGCACUGGAAAUGGCAAAUGCUAAGUGAUAUUAGCUUAUCGCGCAUGUACAUUCAUUCAUCUUUUCAAAUUGUAUAUAUUUAAAAUAGAAAUAUAUUGCACUGCUGGUUCGCCCCGAGGAGGAAUGGUUGGUUUUGGUUUAGUUGGUGUGUACAGUAGCUGGUACUUAAACGUACCACAACACUGAAGACGCUGAACCGUCGAUGUUUGAAGCUGACAUCUUGCUGACGUGAGUCCAGGUCGACCUUUUAAUUCAGACUGAAAGCUGAGCUCUUUGGGAAAAAGUAUUUUUCAUGGAAAAACCCAAUGAAAUGAAAUGAAAAUUGAACUGAAAUGAAACUGGCUCAACCAUUAUUUCAUGUGUUAAUUAUAAAGUCAUGAUGUCCCUUAGAUAUGUUAGUCAAGUGUCUACUUUACUUUGCCAUUAGAUUUUUCAUCCGCUCCAGAGGAGACGCUCCGAUGUUUUCUAGACUUUGUUAUAAAUUUGCCAGCGCAUGUAUCAUGUAUGUCAUGUAAUCUGUGAUUUGGCCAACAAAUGAGUCUCACAUCUCAUUUAUUUUUGCUGCAGUUUGAAAAUCCAUCAGUCACCUGUCUUACUUUGUGAAAAAUGACAAAAUCCUGACUUUAACAUUAGUUUUAAAGUUAGUUCAGGGUUUCUCUGUGUCUUUUCCCCCUGACCUUCAAGCUACACGCUUGGACAACUUGUACAUUGUCAGAUUGUUAAGAGGUGACUGGGAAUUGUUGCUUCAGACCACUGAGUCGCUGCUGUAGCCAAGUUUCCACUACAGGACCAGACAGGAUCAAACUGAACACCCAUCUGACCUUUUUACACCCUGAUUCCAGUUACGGUUCCUACAUUUCUUUGACACAAAGUCCUGUGGAUCAGUAGUGCAGUCUGGGCUGUUCAAUCAUGUGACUUUGUUGUGACGGACUGUUUAAUAUGAACAGUGUAGAGAGCUGGAUACACAAGGCAACAUUUGGGGCUGAAAUGAGACUGGUUCAAAUAUAAGUUAUGAGUUAUUUUGUAUUACUGUAGAACCUGUUAAGAGAUGUAGCCAUCUUAGACGUAUUUCUUCUUGUUUUUCUUUUCCCACAUCUACCCUGCAGAACAGUUUGAUAGCAUCUGGUUUGCCCUGAGCCAGCCAAGCCAAUCUCACAGUGCAGUGCAGUAACAGUGUUUCACAAAUAACUUGUUGACUGUAACUUUAUUCCUGUUGGCUAAACCUUCGAUAAAAAAGAACGUGGAUUCUUACACAUACCAUACUAAGCAGCUGAAAGGCAAUGAUGACGGUGAUGAUAUAAUUAAAAUAGUUCCGCUUUUAAACCCCUGCCGAAAUGCUAGCUAGCUCACUAGUGCUUUUUCCUGAAGAAGGACGUUUUAUGGCACAUUUACUGUCGUUCAGUCUCAGCACUCCCAGCAGUCUUGUCUCAGUGACUAGCUGGUGAAAACAGUGGAACGGUUAGCAGCUAGCAGCCAGAUAUAUUUCUCAGGAGUUGGAGGAGAGCAAAACAGCUAAACUCUGAAUGAAUAUAAUGUUUUGUGUUUGCUGGAUGUGUCAAUAGACAGUUGUUUGCUAACAUGUUAGCCAGAAUAACUUUAUACGGUGAUAAUAUGUCAGGUCUGUGCCUGUCAGUUUGUUGUGGAGUUCAUCAGCCCCCAAGUGGCCAAAAAAUAUCAAUUAAUGCAGCUUUAAACACUAAUUCACUAAUACCAUUUUUACACCAAAAUUAGCACGUAUAUGCAGGUUUUUUAAACUGGGGUAAACCCGCUAAAAAUAGCCGAUUGACUCCUUUCACAUUGCCAGUAGACGAGUCUGCCUUUUCUGUUUUUUUCCUGAUGUGUCACGUUCGACGUCACGAACGCGCCAGAAAAGGGCCAAAAAUUAGCGUGUCCACUCGGCUGUCAUGUUUACAUCACAAGCCGAUCAGCAGAGUCAUUUGACCCGGGACUGAAUGCCGAUUGUACCCUUUCACACUGAAGACAAAAGCCAGAUGUUAGUGGGUGUUAGUGUCCAGUGUAAAAGGGGCUUAAGUAGUAUUUUGUACACAAUGCCUGCCUUUGGACAAUCUCUGGUUCACAACCAACACCUCGGUAAUUACUUAAUUCCACAGCUCUGUUCCUCUGGCUGGUGUUCAGUCAGUGCAGCUCUCUUUAUUUGAGUCUCAAUUUGACAAGAGCAGAUGAUGAUGAUAAUGAACUGUUCUGUGGGGCAGAUCCAGGGGAUCUGAAGAAAACUAGAUGAUGCCAAAGUGUUUAUGAACAUCUGUGCCAUUACUGUCUUCUACACAAAGUCUAUCUUCUAAGCAACUAUUUACAGGACCAUUCAGUUGAGCUUUGUAAAAGAGAAGAAAAUCAAUCAAUCAAAUUUCACUGCAGAAAUGGAACUUAGGUAUUACCCAGAUGUUAACUGUAUCCCUUGAAGUAAAGUUUGUUAAUUGAAUAAGCUUGUGAACGUAUUAUAUUGUUUUAGCUUAUCAGAGUGCAUUGUACUUUUCCAGUGCGCAUGUAAAGUAUGUUUUCUUUACAUCAAACUGUAACUUGGGUCAAGUUAAGAGUCUUAAUGGUGACAGUUUGCUUUAUUCCAGCUUUUAUCCACUGUGGAAAAGUAAAACCUCUUAUUACUGUGUAUCCACUACAUGGAAAUCUCCUUAACUGUAUUUGUACGCUGUUAAAUGGUUAUCAAGUAUACAGACACAUUUCCUCUUGUAUUCACAAUGACACGACAAUGUUGUGAUACAAAAACACUUUUUUUUUAAGUGGUGAUUUCUUUAUUACCCCAUGAUGUUGUAGUCAGACUAAAUUCCGUUGAGCAAUCUAAAGAAAUCUCAUUUUAUAAGGGCAAAGGUUUUUAAUGUCAGCGGCCAGCGUCGGCCAGUCACACAGUGUACAUGUGUGUAAAUUUUGAUGUUUAGGGAAGUGUAGAUUUUGUAUCUCGUAAAAAAAUAUCCAAUAUUUUUUUCUACUGACAUUGCAACUGUAAAAGUGUAUUUAGAUAUUUAACAAACUGUACAAUUAAACUGGAAUUGUAUGAUAUUUUUGCUGAAAUUGUAAAAUAAAAAGGUUUCUAUAUUUGGAUGAAAA